GGGAGUUGUGUCGCUCUCGCCCCCGACCCGCGGCUCCCUCGCUACUCUUUCACUCGGCCCUGCUGCUGCCAGAGCCGGUCCAAGUUGCGAAGUCUUGUGCGCGCGCGGGGUGGGGUGGGGAUAGAGACCGGCGCCUGCUUCUCCCUCGCCUCUCGGUCGCCUGCUUGGAAGCUGCUUCCAGCCUCCCGCAAUGAAGACUUUGGCAAAAUAUCUGCUGGGAUUUCUUGCACUUGCAGCUGUUAUUAUCGUCAUUGCUGUUCCUGUUGCUUUAUUGACAAAGGAAAGUAACCCUACACCUGACCCUCGCAGAAAAUAUACUCUACAGGAUUACUUGGAUGAAAAUUUGCAAUCCAAAUCAUACAAUUUUAAGUGGAUUUCAGGAAACCAAUAUCUCCAUAUAAAACAGAGCAAUAUAUUUCUCUUCAAUGUUGAUGAUGGAACUGUCUCUGAAAUCCUCACAAAUGAUACAUUAGCAACUCAUGGUGCUUCUGAAGCAAUCCUAUCAGCAGACCAAAAAUUUGCCCUUCUGCGAUUUGAAUAUACAAAGGUAUGGCGUCACUCAUAUAAUGCAUCAUAUUACAUCUAUGAUUUGGAAAACAGUGCCAUAAUAAAUAACUCACUUCCUAAGGAUAUCCAGCACAUAUCCUGGACGCCCGUUGGUCACAAACUGGCCUAUGUUUGGAAUAACAAUGUUUAUGUCAAAGAAACGCCAGCCACACCUGGAGUUCAGAUCACCACAAAUGGGAAAGAAAACACAAUUUUUAAUGGAAUAUCAGACUGGGUUUAUGAAGAGGAAAUGUUUGGCACCCCUGCUGCUCUGUGGUGGUCUCCAAAUGGCAGUUUUUUAGCAUAUGCGGAGAUUAACGAUACCGGAGUUCCUGAUAUUGAGUAUUCGUUUUAUUCAGAAGACACACUGCAGUAUCCAAAGACCAUAAGAAUACCAUAUCCUAAGGCAGGUGCUACAAAUCCAACUGUAAGGCUAUUUGUAGUGGAUACUGAAUCUCUUGCCAGCAUCAGGUCCACAGAAAUUUCUGCACCAGCUGAAAUACUUUCAGGGGAUCACUACCUCAGUGUCAUAACUUGGGUGACCGAUGAAAGAAUCUGUCUGCAGUGGCUCAGAAGGAUUCAGAAUUUUUCUGUUCUUGCAAUCUGUGACUACUCUAGAGAGAAUGCAACAUGGCAGUGUCCACAAGGAAAACAGCUUGUGGAAGAAAGUAAAACUGGUUGGAUUGGCAGAUUUCAGCCUUCUGAUCCUUACUUUGCAUCUGACAAGACCAGCUAUUACAAAGUUUUCAGUGAUGAAGAAGGCUAUAAGCACAUCCACUAUAUCAACAGCACAGGAGUACCGAAACGUAUUACAAGAGGAAAAUGGGAGGUAAUUGACAUAGCUGCUGUAACUAAUAACUCUGUAUAUUUCAUCAGUAAUGCAUUUGAAGGCAAGCCAGGUGGACGAAAUCUUUAUAAGGUGGAUAUUGGAACUGGUUCGAUGACCUGCAUCAGUUGUGAACUGCACAAAGAAAGAUGCCAGUUUUAUUCUGCCUCCUUCAGCACAGACGCAACAUAUUAUAAACUGAAUUGCCUUGGUCCCGGCUUGCCCUAUUUCACCUUACAAAACAGUACUACAGAUAAAGCUAUUAAAAUAUUGGAAGACAAUCAUGAUCUUGACAAUGCACUGAAGAACGUCCAGAUGCCCUCCAAAAGAGUCAGCAACAUUGUGCUACAUGGCGAGACGUUUUGGUACCAGAUGAUCUUACCUCCUCAUUUUGAUGAAUCGAAGCGAUAUCCUCUACUCAUCGAUGUGUAUGGAGGGCCCUGUAGUCAGAAAGUGGAUUUUUCUUUUCGAAUCAGUUGGGCUACAUAUCUUGCAAGCACAGAAGAGAUUAUUGUGGCUAGUUUUGAUGGUAGAGGGAGCGGCUAUCAAGGAGAUAAAAUCAUGCAUGCGAUAAAUCGAAGGCUUGGAACCUACGAAGUGGAAGAUCAGAUCUCGGCAGCCAGAGAAUUUUCAAAAAUGAGCUUCGUUGAUCCAACAAGAAUAGCUAUUUGGGGUUGGUCAUAUGGUGGUUAUGUGACCUCCAUGGUGCUCGGAUCAGGAAGUGGGGUGUUCAAGUGCGGCAUAGCAGUUGCUCCCGUGUCACGCUGGCAAUUUUACGAUUCUAUAUACACUGAACGUUACAUGGGCUUACCGACAGAAAACGAUAACCUGCAGAACUAUGAGAAUUCCACUGUGAUGGCCAGAGCCGACCACUUCCGAGAUGUUGACUAUCUUCUGAUCCAUGGAACAGCCGAUGACAACGUUCAUUUUCAGCAAGCAGCCCAGAUCGCAAAAGCUCUGGUUGAUGCGCAAGUGGAUUUUCAAGCAAUGUGGUAUACGGAUAAGGAUCACGGCAUUGGAGGCCAUGCCCACAGCCACAUCUACAUCCAUAUGAGCCAUUUUAUCAAACAGUGUUUUGCAUUGUCAUAAUCCUUGAGAAGACCAUUUGCAUCUCAUACUGAGAAUUGUACCAGGAUGUUCUGAAUAAGAGCAUUUCACUAGUUAAUUGGCUGAGUUUACAUGGCACUGACAGUAAUAGCGAUGUCUGGACAUACAAAUGAAGACUGUGGGGUUUUUCUGUGUUUCACCCAUUGAGUGUAAAGCAAAUAAUUUACAAGUGUGCCUCCGUUCUCUUCUCUGUGUUUGAGGAUCUCAAAGAGAACAGGAUGGAUUCCUUCUUCCUAAAUCCCAUGUGCAAAGCUCUGGACAUGGAUGUAUACAGGAGGCAUUGCAGCAGCCUCUUUUUUAAAUACUCAAAUGUUGCCCUUUUGAAAGAAACAAUGGGGUUUACUUGUUCUUUAUUCCAAAUUAGGGGAAAAAUUACUUGAAUUGCUACUUGGUUUCUAAGCACAGUGUCGUGGUUACACACACACACACACACACACACACACACACACACAUACACACACACUCCAGUUUCCACAGUCAAAGUUGUAUUCCAGAAAUCAAGCAAAAAAGUUCCAACAUACACAGCAACAAGCCCAAGGGUAAACCAAAAACACAAGUCCAGAGAUUCAGGCCAAAGUCAAGACAGAGGAGAUCAAUUCAAAGCAGGAGCCACAAGGUCAACAGCAAUUCGACACUUGCUUCCAUGCAGCUGUGCCCUUUCCAGCUGCUUAUAAAGGCAAGGCCACUCAGAGGGCCAAUAAUGCUGUGCACUUGCCGGCAGGGCUUGUGCUGGGCUGCCAGGCACUCACUUCAUCCUCUGCCCUAUAGAGUCCUGCAUGUUCUCCUCCUCCUCUGAUCCUGAAGCUCUGGAGAUGAUGGAGGUGAGCAACCUGGCAUCUGGCUUUCCACAGCUCGCUCAGAGCUGGAGGGUUGUCUGCACUGGCAUCUGGCUGUGGGUUCAUGUCUGACCCUACAGGGGCUGCUUCUUCCCAUCCAACUUAUAUUGGCUGUGGACAGGACCCAGGGCUUCCUGCUGACUCUUCAUUGGAGGAGACCUGCAUACCUUCUGUACCCAGCUGGUCCAUGACACACAGUAGUAUUAAUAUAAUAAUAAUUUCAGCAUAAACUGUUCAGGUUUUUCUAAGGAACAGUGCAAGGGAAAAUAUCUGUCUAAAUGUGAACAACACUCCUCCAGAAGCAUCCACAUGGAUUGUAACCAAUGUAGGCAAAUGGGUCAUCUGAGCAAGUCACUUCCCCCUAAAAGUGAUAACUAUUCCCAGAAUCCCAAAAGACAGGAGAGUUGCCUGAAAUAUUUGGAAACCCAUUUUCAAAAAAUGAAGUCAAGGUGAGCCCCUCGGGGGAGGAUGGUAUAAAAAUGCAACCAAUUAAUUAAUUAAUUAAUUAUGACAUGGUAUACCUGAAAGGAAGGAAAACUUAUUUCAGGUUGCUGAUAUGUCAGUAAGGUUUAAGAUUAGUAUUCGGUGGAAACUAGUGCAAAAAUUCAUCUCCAAUAGGCUUAUAGGUUUCUUUCAUAUGUAUGUGGAAAAAUUCUAGAAAAAUUCUGGAAUUCUAGUGUAUGAUGCUUCCAGAUCAUGGUCGUCUUUCUGUAACAACUCUCUAAAAAUGGAAUUGGUAGCCUCUCCAGAUCAUGAUUUGUUGUUUGUCUGCCCUUUCUAGACACGUAAAUGAAGCCAGAUCCUGAGCCUGGUGAUGGCAAAGCACUUUGAGAACAGGAAUACGGGCUUGUUUUGGUGCCAAUGAGCAGAAAAUGACCAAAAUGUGGUUUGAAGAAUUGUGAGGGGGGAAGCCAUUACUUUGAAAGGACCAAACCACUGCAGCAGAAAUGUGAAUGAUUGUACCUAUGAGUUUUGGGAUUUUUUUUAGAAGGAUCUAAUGAUGGAAAUUAUUUUGCUUGCUUAGAAAAAUUCUAGAUACUGCCAGUUAACUGUCCUUCCUAAUAAUGUCCUUGCAAUUUUUGCUCCUAACUUUUUGCCGGCAUCUUAAGUCUUUGCAACGUUAGAUUUAAAAAAAUCUACCUCCCAUUUCCAACAAUAGCCUGAGGCAGGGCCUCUUCCCACAUUUGCAAAUGAAUGGGUGGACUCAAAUGCCGUGGUUUCACAGGUGCAAGGACUUCUGUCCACAAUGCACAGCAAUCUUGAUCCAGGUGAUGGCCACUAACCUGGAUAGCUUUAAAAGGGGCUUGGAUAGAUUUAUGGAGGAGAAGUCGAUUUAUGGCUACCAAU